GUCAUAACCUCAAUUUCGAAACUGAAAGUUUCAAAAUUUCUUGAUAAAAAAUAUGGAAAUUAUAAACUAAACUUGUGAUAUUUUUUGAUGUGUAUCAUUACAUAUGAAUAGUCAGAAUAGCUAUUAUUUUUUCAACGGAUAAACAAAAAUGUUUAAAGAGUCCUUCAAGUAUUAUAAAUCUAGAAAACCUCCUCCAUCUCUGAAGGAUGUUAUAGAUUUUGAAAAUAUUUCUAAUUGGAAUCUGAAUGUGAAGGAAAUACGUUGUGCUUCCAGAGUAAGCACGUCAAUUUUUUAUGGACUGAAGGAACCUAGUACCUGGAAAAUUUAUGAAUUAGUUGAUAAUCCUGGCCUUAUCUUCAUUGAGAAUCCAUUUACUGCACUUGGACAAAGAUAUUGGACUGUACGAUGCUUAAGAGACUUUCCUUUCGCCCCAAAUAGAACUAAUUUAAAGGAAAACUUUGACUUGAAACAUUAUCAGCAGAUGGAGAAUCAGCUGAGAUGGACAACAUUAGGAUACCAUCACAACUGGGAUACUAAAAAAUACUCUGAAGAUGAAAAAAAUGAUUUCCCAAAAGAUCUAGCAGAACUAUCCAAACUGAUAUCUGAAAUUCUAGGGUUCAACAAUUUCAAAGCAGAAGCAGCAAUUGUAAAUUAUUAUUACUUCAAUUCUACCUUAUCUGGCCACACUGAUCAUUCAGAACAAAACUUAGAAGCACCGCUAUUCUCAUUCAGCUUGGGCCAGUCUGCUAUAUUUCUUAUUGGAACCGAUUCCCUAGAAGAUAAGCCAACUCCAAUCAUGUUAAGAAGCGGGGACAUAGUAGUUAUGACUAAAAAGUCAAGGCUGUGUUACCAUGGUGUACCAAAAAUUUUAGAAGAAAAUAGGACUCCAAAAUGGAAUGGUGCAGAUACUUUGGAGGAUUUUGAUGAUCGAAAUAACAUAUUAGAAACUUGCUUGAACGAGAACUCAUGGAUUUUGUAUGGAAACUUCUUGAAACGGUGUAGAAUUAAUAUGAAUGUGAGGCAGGUUUUGAAAGAAUCACAACAAUCUUUGAGUAACGGCUGAGAAAUGCAUCUGUAAUCUUGGUCUUAGUUGAAGGAAAAGUGGAAGACUGCCUGAAAAGGUGUUAUAGGUGGAUCUGAGUUUUUUGGCCUAAAUGCAAUGAUUGAACUAAUAAUGAAAAGUCAAUAAAGAAUAUAUGGAUU